CAUUCGAGUAUAGCCUUCGUUCGUAGCGUGUUCUAUCGUAAUUCAAGAUGACUGGUCGUGGCAAGGGAGGAAAGGGAUUGGGAAAAGGAGGAGCGAAGCGCCAUAGGAAGGUUUUGCGUGAUAACAUCCAAGGCAUCACCAAGCCGGCUAUUCGUCGAUUGGCCAGACGUGGCGGUGUCAAGCGUAUUUCUGGCUUGAUAUACGAGGAGACCAGAGGUGUCCUGAAAGUCUUUCUGGAAAACGUCAUUCGCGAUGCUGUAACCUACACCGAGCACGCCAAAAGGAAGACCGUAACAGCUAUGGACGUGGUCUAUGCUCUGAAACGCCAAGGAAGAACCCUAUACGGCUUUGGUGGUUAAAUGCGAUUCAUCACUUGUCAAGAUCAAAUCAACGGCCCUUUUCAGGGCCAACAAUUUUUAACACGGUGGAAUUUUCUCUGAAAAGCAUACUUUCACAAAAUACGUAUUAUAAAAGUAGAUUUUGAAAAUUAAACUUUUGUCAAUAAAAUAAAUUUACUUAA